GAGAGAGUUUGAAGCUCGGCCCCAGGGCUUCAUACGUAUUUCCAGAAGGGACAUGAAGUGCUGCUAGGGUUUGUGUUUGGGAAAGUCACAGGAAGGCACUGCAAAGAACAGGAAUGCGAGAAAAGUAUGUCUUCGAUUCCGAUCAGUCCCUGUUUUCCGAAAUUUAGGGCUUUUCGUUCUUCACAGAAUUCAUGUGACCAGAAGACUCAUCAGAUUGGGAUGAUGCUCGCCUCCAAUUCCAUUCCCUCUCUUCCUCGACGCCAUCUCCUUCCGCCUUCAAUCCCUAAUUUCAGGGUUUCAAAUUUUCGUCCCAAGUUCAUAUCUCUUCUCCCCCAGCGCCCUCGACUCUGUGAAACCCAUCAACGGUUUUCUAGAAAGGAAUGGAAAGUAUUAUGCUUUAGGAAUGAUGAAUAUUCUUCUAGUGACUCCUAUCCUGAUGCGAUGGAGAAGGCUUUACUUGAAGAACGCGUAGAGGCAAAUAAUAAUAAUAAUUUAAAAGUUGGGAAAAGGGACUGGAUUUCAUUUCUCGUAAAGAUUCCAGCUGCAGUGCGUAAAGUGCUUGGAGAACCCUGGAAUGUCCCAUGGAAGGCGGAGACAAUCUUCCAGGUUAUGCUCCUUUGGAUUGUAUCAUUUUGGUUUAUAGGUUCAUGGAUGAUUCCUUUUGGAGCCCACUUGAUGGGUUUCAAUAAAGAAUCGCUUACAUUUAGAGGGCAGGCUUUAUUCAGCCUAUUGACCGAUAUAACCGAGGGCCUUGCUGGAAUAUUAAUCCUCCGACGCUGCUUAUCUCGAUUUCGCCCUCUUCCUUGUGAUUGGUUCAAAUUCAGCAUGAAAGGGAACUGGCUUCUUGAUCUCAUACUCGGUUGCCUCAUGUUUCCACUCGUGAAUCGGCUCUCACAGCUCAACCUCAACCUUCUUCCCAUUUUACCCUCCACUCCCGUUACGCUCUCUAGCGUGGAGCAAUCCAUACUGGCGCGAGAUCCGGUGGCCAUGUUACUCUAUGCAUUAGUACUGGUCGUGUGCGCUCCGAUGUGGGAAGAGAUUGUAUUUAGGGGAUUCCUUCUUCCUUCACUGACAAAGUACAUGCCCGUAUCGUCCUCAAUUCUUGUAAGUUCAGUUGCCUUUGCUUUGGCGCAUUUUAAUGUACAAAGGAUGUUACCACUAAUAUUUCUCGGGGUCGUUAUGGGAAUAAUAUACGCUAGGUCUAGGAAUCUGCUGCCAUCUAUACUCUUGCACAGUCUGUGGAAUGGCUUUGUGUUUUUAGACUUAAUGAAGUGAAAAAGUCCUCUUACAUUUCUUCAAUAUAUGUAUAUAUAGCCAAACACCCUGCUUUUAUCCAUCUGCACUGGAAGACAAACUGCAGGAUUGAUUUUGUUAACCAAACCAUUCAGUAAAACGAAAUUCUUUAGUCGGACGAAUCUGUUGUGCGGUCGUGUUGUGGGUCAUCGGUUAAAGGUUGUACAAGUGUAGUUUCUUUUGGUAAGUAGUGUGGGACAUUCUUUUCUUUUUUGUUGUUCUUCUUAAAUUCAUGUAAUAAUAAAAAUGUUCUGAUAAGUUGUAGCAGUGAGUUGAAUUGUAAUUUGAGAUGAAUAUCCACAUGAGCUAACUUGACUGAAGCUUAUGUCCCAUACAAUAAUGGGGUGGUGACAUG